AUGGGUUCCACUGAGGACUUUACAGGAACUUGUGCAUUUUUCCUAAGAACAUCAGAUGAAGUUGUAACUGCAUCAAAUGUCUCUCAGGAGGUGAAUUUUGGCAUGUUUGAUUGUACUAACGGAAAUAUCCUUCAGGGUCUCGAAUUCUUUUUGUCACAGAUCAUGAUACCAGCACUUAAAUCCCAACAGAACUGGGGAGCUGUGAAAGAGGGCUUGAAGAACAGCCAGAUACAAGAGUUUCUGUAUGCAGUGGAUAAAUUUGUGAGUACUUUGUCAUCAUCUAGACAGAAUAUAGAAGAUAAAAUUCAGCUCGCAAAAGUGGAUAUUGAUGUUUAUGUCAGAAACUUACAGAACCCAUCUGACUACAUAACUGCAGGCACUAACUCAGAGGUCACUGGGAAACUUGAAGAAGUGGUCAUGAUUUGGAUCAAACAGAUUAGACAGGUUUUAGUGGAGAGUGAACAAAUUAGAAGAGAAGCUGAUGAUGUUGGCCCGUCUGCAGAGCUGGAACACUGGAAAUCAAGAAUGUCAUCAUUCAACAGCCUUUUAGAUGAGAUCAAGAGUUCGAAAGUAAAGAAAAUUAUAAGUAUUCUUCAGGCAGCAAGAUCAAAGACAUUAAAACAGUGGAAGGAACUGGAUGGUAGUAUAACAAUUGCUGCCAAUGAAGCUAAAGACAACGUGAGGUAUUUAUAUACAUUGGAUAAAUUUUUUGGACCACUUGCCAAUGCUUCACCUGUAACAGUGAUGGAGCACAUUCCCAGUUUAAUGAGCACUGUCUGUAUGAUCUACUGUACCUCACCAUACUACAACACGUCAGAGCACAUGACAUCCUUGUUCCUUAAAAUCACCAAUCAAAUGAUUAACACAUGCAAGACCUAUCUGUGUGAAGGUGUUUCAAAAAUCUGGGACCUGGACAGGCAAGAAUUGCUAAAGAGGAUAGAACAAUGCUUUUUCCUCAAAGAAAAGUAUCAAAAAUCCUUUCAGAAAAUUAGGGAGGACCUAAAAGAAAAUCCAAGUGACAGGCAAUUUGAUAUCAGUGAAAACUACAUAUUUGGAAAAUUUGAGACCUUCUGUAAACGUUUGGAGAAAAUUUCAGAUAUGAGCAAUACUAUGGAAAACCUUUUAGAGCUCCAGUGCAUAAAAAUAGAAGGCAUUGACAAGAUCACUACUCUAUACCAGAUGAUUGCUACAAAUGCAAAAUCCAAACAGUAUGAUGUUCUUGACCACAGGAAAAAAGAGUUUGAAAAAGAUUACCUUGAAUUUAAGAACCAAAUUGCAGCAUUGUAUGAAUCUAUACAGGAAUUUGUGGAUUCCUGGUUUGAGAAGACCAUAACUACUGAGCAGAUGCUGGGAUUUCUGAUGAAGCUUGAACAAAUAGGACAAAAUAAUAUUGAUCUAAAUGAGAAGUAUACCAUUGUGAUUCAACAGUACAGCCAAGACUUAGAGUUUAUUCAAAAACUCUAUCAGAAGGAAAAGGAAAAUCCACCUAUACCACGUAAUAUGCCACCAGUAACAGGGAAGAUUAUGUGGGCUCAGCAGUUGUUCAGAAAAAUUGACCAUCCAAUGAUGUUCCUUAAAAAGAAAACCACACUUUUGAAGACAAUGGAAAUGAAGAAAGUUAUCAAGCACUACAAUAAAAUGGCAGCAGUUCUUUUGGAAUUUGAGCUUAUUUAUCAUAGGGCCUGGUGCAGGUUUGCUGACCAGGCUAGGAAUGCUCUAUGUGCUUCCUUACUUGUCAGGCACCCAGAAACCAAGGAAUUACUUGUAAACUUAGACCCAGUGGUCCUGGAAGUACUUUAUGAGGCAAAAUACCUGAGAAAAAUGCAUUUUGAAAUACCAGAUGUUGUCCUUGGCUUGUGUGCAGAUGAAGAACAGAUUAAAAGACAUCAAAAGGAUCUCCAGAACCUGUUGAUCAGUUACAAGGAGCAUCUGAAUAGGAUCCCUGUUGUGCUGAAACCACUGAUGAAGCCAUUGAUAGGACAAAUUGAGGAUGCCCUUACCCCGGGCCUGAUGCAGCUGUCAUGGACUUCUUUGAACAUCAAUAAAUUUAUUCAGAAUGUUUACAGUACCCUGAAGGAGCUGGACUAUAUAGUGAAAUCAGCGUCUGAUACCCUGGAAUGCAGAAUUGAAAGAAUUCUGAAGGACAUGUCAAACACUGCUCUGAUAAUUUUGCCAGAAGAUGAACCUAUAGAUGUGACUUCUUUUUUGGAACAAAUAGAAAAGCUUGCUAUCUCUACUGCUUCCAAACUGUCUCAGCAGAGCCAACAAGUGGAAUGCUCUGUGUAUGAACUUAUAGAUGUUCUUAAUAACAGUCUGAAAGCAGAUGCUGGAAGAACUCUGGAGGAUUCUUUCUCCUGUACACAUCUUGACAUGAAACAGAAAACACGCUGCCAAGAAUGCCUGCCCUGUAGCUACUAUAACCUGAUGGGACAGCUUUGUCAGAGAAAUACUGACUCUUUGAUCAGAUGCAUGAAGUUUUCUUUAGAAUCCUUAAGGCAUCGAUUGCAUGUUAUUGACACCAGGUAUCAGACAACUAAGAUUGUAGAGGCACACAGGGUUCCUUUGUUCAGAACUGAAAUUCAACUGGCAAUUCCAAAUAUUGUCUUGAGACCAAGUCUUGAAGAUAUACAGAGUGCUGUAAACAAAGCCGUAAAUAUCAUACUAUCAGUAGCCAAAGAUAUUCCCCUGUGGAAAUUUGCUUACUUACAUCAUAAACAGCAGCAGGUUGAACAACAAGCUGUUGCUUUAGAGUUAGGUGAUGAGAGCAAACUCACCAGGAUGGUGGCACUGAAACCUUUAGACAAGCAGAUUGUCGAACAUAAGGACGUAAACAAAGUGGUGAUCCAACUAAGUACAAUUAUUUUGUCGCUUAAAACUGAAGCACUGGUUCUUCUGAAGAGCUUUUCUGAAUUUUCAGACAUCUGGAACAAGGAUCCAGAAGAAAAAGUGAAGGAAUUUAUAGAUACUGAACCAACAAUGGCUGAAUUCCAAUCUCAAAUCAGAUGCUUUUCUCAAUUACAAGUGCAAAUCAGAGAACUGCCCAAUCAUUGUGCACUGCAAUCAGUGGAAGUUGCAACAGAGUCAUUGAAAAUAGCUUUAAUUCAGGAGUGCCGCUCAAGACAAAGAGCAUUUGGAUUAGCUUUAAAUAAAAAGUCUGCCACAGAUGUGGGUGAAAUUUAUUCAUUUUUUGAAAGUGUUAGCAAGAGGUUAAGCAGAUCUAUCCAUGACCUUGAUGAUGUACGGGAAGCAAUGGAAGCGCUGAAGGAGAUCCGAGAGAACGAGAUGAAAAUUGACGUGACAGUUGGACAUAUAGAGGAAUCUUAUUCUGUGCUUCAUAAAUACAAUCUGCUCUUUCAAGAUGAAAAUACAGAAAGAGGUGAUGGAUUGGCCUAUGCCUGGAAGAACCUAAACACACAGGCACGACAGGUUGAGGGCUUGCUGCUGAAGGUACAGCCAGACAUGAAAGCAGAUUUACUGAGAUGUGUUCAAAAAUUCCAAAUUGAUACUGCAGGGUUUUAUAAAGCAUAUAAGGAAAAGGGCCCCAGUGAGGACAAUAUUCCUCCCCAUGAAGCGAGUGACAGAAUACAGAUCUUUCAAGCCAAAUUUGAUGAACUGUGGAGGAAGUACCUCUCUCUUUCUGGUGGGGAAGAAUUAUUUGGUCUUCCCAUCACAGAGUAUCCUGAACUUCACAAAAUUAAACGUGAACUUUCAUUGCUUCAGAAACUUUACAGUCUUUAUGAUACAGUUACUUCCAGUACCGACAGAUACAAUGAAAUGCUUUGGAAUGAUUUAAAUAUUGAAAAAAUUAACAGUGAACUUCUGGAUUUUCAAAGCAAAAUCCGAAAGUUACCAAAAGCAUUGAAACAAUGGCAAGCUUUUCAAGACCUGAAACAAAAAAUUGAUGACUUCACUGAGAGCUGUCCUUUGCUGGAAAUGAUGAAAAACAAAGCAAUGUUGUCAAGACACUGGGAAAAAAUUGCACAAGUAACCGGGCAUCAUUUUGAUGUUGACUCUGAAAAUUUCACUUUAAAAAACAUCAUGGAUGCCCCUUUACUAAAACAUAAAGAAGAUAUUGAGGAUAUCUGCAUCAGUGCUGUGAAAGAAAAGAAUAUUGAAGAAAAAUUGAAGCAUGUCAUCAGUGAAUGGAGUGCUCAUGCUUUCAGUUUCAGCCAAUUCAAAACUCGAGGAGAACUUCUUCUAAAGGGUUCAGAUGUAUCAGAGAAAAUAGCAUUGGUGGAAGAUAGCAUCAUAGUGCUGGGGUCACUGAUGAGCAACCGGUAUAAUGCACCAUUUAAGUCCACUAUACAACAAUGGGUUCAGAAGCUGACCAAUACUGCAGAGAUAAUUGAAAACUGGAUUACUGUACAGAACCUCUGGAUUUACCUUGAAGCUGUGUUUGUUGGUGGAGACAUUGCCAAACAACUACCUCAGGAAGCCAGAAGAUUUCAGAACAUUGAUAAAUCAUGGCAGAGAAUUAUGCAGAGAGCCCAUGAAACAUCAAAUAUUGUGCAGUGCUGUGUUGGAGAUGAGACUUUGGCCCAGCUGCUACCACAUUUGCUGGAACAGCUGGAAAUCUGUCAGAAAUCCCUGACUGGCUAUUUGGAAAAAAAGCGGUUAUUAUUUCCAAGAUUUUUUUUUGUAUCUGACCCUGCUCUUCUGGAAAUCCUUGGUCAAGCAUCUGAUUCCCACACUAUUCAGGCACAUUUAUUAAGUUUGUUUGACAAUGUUAACAGAGUGGGAUUUCAUGAAAAAAACUACGACCAGAUUUUAUUGUUUGAAUCUCAAGAAGGAGAACGGGUCAAUAUUAUUGAACCAGUUUUAGCUCAGGGCAAUGUGGAAUUCUGGUUAGGUCAGCUGCUGAAUGGGAUUAGGAAAACAAUCCACACCAUCAUUAGACAGGCAUCAAUGGCCAUUAACGAUUCAGAAUUUAAGAUGUAUGACUUUCAGGCAAUGUUUCCUGCACAAAUAGGACUUCUGGGAAUUCAAAUUAUCUGGACCAGGGAUGCAGAGAAGGCACUGAACAGUACCAAAACAGACAAAAAGGUAAUGCACGCAACAAAUCAGAAGUUUUUGGAAAUUUUAAAUAAUUUGAUUGACAUGACAACACACAAUCUGACAAGAAUGGAGCGCACAAAAUAUGAAACUUUAAUCACCAUUCAUGUGCACCAGAAGGAUAUCUUUGAUGAUUUGGUCCGUAUGAACAUUAAAUCUCCAUCUGAUUUUGAAUGGCAAAAACAGUCUCGAUUUUAUUUUCUUGAAGACUUGGAUAAAUGCAUUAUCAAAAUCACUGAUGUAGAGUUCACCUACUGCAAUGAAUACUUAGGCUGUACAGACAGGCUUGUUAUAACUCCCUUAACUGACAGGUGUUACAUCACUCUGGCACAGGCCCUGGGCAUGAGUAUGGGUGGUGCACCAGCAGGACCUGCUGGGACAGGGAAAACAGAGACAACUAAAGACAUGGGCAAAUGCCUGGGAAAGUAUGUUGUUGUUUUCAAUUGUUCAGACCAAAUGGACUACAGAGGACUUGGUCGUAUCUAUAAAGGUUUGGCUCAGUCGGGUGCAUGGGGUUGCUUUGAUGAAUUUAACCGCAUUGAACUUCCAGUUUUAUCAGUGGCUGCUCAGCAGAUAUAUAUUGUACUUCAGUGUAAGAAAAAAAAGAAACUUCAGUUCACUUUCACUGAUGGUGAUGUCGUUGACAUGGACAGAGAAUUUGGUAUAUUUCUGACUAUGAACCCUGGCUAUGCAGGACGACAGGAACUUCCCGAAAAUCUGAAGAUUCAGUUUCGCACGGUUGCCAUGAUGGUGCCUGACCGCAGCAUUAUUAUGCGAGUCAAGCUGGCAAGUGCUGGUUUCCGAGACAACCAAGUCCUUAGUCAAAAAUUCUAUACACUCUACAAACUCUGUGAAGAGCAGUUAUCUAAACAGGUUCACUAUGACUUUGGGCUUAGAAAUAUCCUGUCUGUUUUAAGAACACUUGGAGCAGUGAAAAGAUCUAAUCCCCAAGAGCCAGAGAAAACUGUUGUGAUGAGAGUUCUGCGGGACAUGAACCUCUCCAAACUGGUGGAUGAAGAUGAACCUUUAUUUAUGAGUCUCAUUAAUGACCUAUUCCCUGGAAUUACCCUGGAUAAAUCUGGUUAUCCUGAACUACAGUCAGCCAUCCAAAAGCAAACAGAGGAAGCAGGGCUUAUUAAUCAUCCACCAUGGAUACUUAAAGUUAUUCAGCUGUACGAAACUCAGCGAGUCCGACAUGGUAUGAUGACUCUGGGUCCAACUGGUGCAGGAAAGACAAAGUGCAUUAAUAUUUUGAUGAAAGCAAUGACAGAUUGUGGUGCUCCUCAUAAAGAGAUGAGAAUGAACCCAAAGGCAAUCACAGCUUCCCAGAUGUUCGGUACCCUUGAUGUUGCUACAAAUGACUGGACAGAUGGUAUUUUCUCUACAUUAUGGAGAAAAACUUUAAAGGCAAAGAAGAGUGAGCAUAUCUGGAUAGUUUUGGAUGGACCUGUUGAUGCAAUUUGGAUUGAAAAUCUGAACUCUGUUCUGGAUGAUAAUAAGACCCUUACUUUGGCCAAUGGAGAUCGCAUUCCGAUGUCCCCCAAUUGCAAAAUUAUUUUUGAGCCUCACAACAUUGACAAUGCUUCCCCUGCAACAGUCUCUCGUAAUGGGAUGGUCUUCAUGAGUUCUUCUGUGUUAGACUGGAAGCCUGUUUUAAGGGCUUGGCUGCAGACACUGCCAGUUACAUACUCCAAUGUCCUGUGGAAUUGCUUUAAUGCUGUAUUUCAGGAUGUGAUGGAUUUUGUUUUCUCUGCUGUGACACCAAAAAUGUCAAUUUUAGAAUGUAUGUACAUCAAGCAAGCUAUUGACCUCCUACAGGGUUUGCUGUCUGGACGAGACGAGAAGCGGCUCAGUGAGGAACAUAUUGCUCGCUUGUUUGUUUUCGCUCUGAUGUGGUCAGCUGGGGCCCUUCUGGAGCCAGAUGACAAGCUGAAAAUGGAGCUCUUCCUAUGGAAGCACCCUGCAGUGAAAGAGCUUCCAGCUGUGCAUGGAGAGGAAACCAUGUUUGAAUUUGGUAUAAAUUCCUGUGGCCAGUGGGAGCACUGGUCAAAGAAGGUCCCUGAAUAUAUUUAUCCUAAGGAUUCAGUUCCAGAAUAUACUUCCAUUCUAGUUCCAAACAUAGACAGUGUCCGAAUGGACUUUCUAAUGCACACUAUCAUGAGGCAAGGAAAAGCUGUUUUGCUCAUUGGGGAACAAGGGACAGCAAAAACUGUUAUGAUUAAGAAUUACACAAGCAAGUAUGAUCCUGAUGUUCACUUGACCAAAUGCCUGAACUUCUCCUCUGCAACUCUGCCACAUAUGUUCCAAAGGAGCGUAGAAAGUUACAUAGGCAAAAGAAUGGGUGCUACUCAUGGUCCUCCAGCUGGGAAGAAAAUGACUGUCUUUAUUGAUGACAUCAACAUGCCUCUGGUUAAUGAAUGGGGUGAUCAGAUCACCAAUGAGAUUGUAAGGCAGCUGAUGGAACAGAAAGGUUUCUACAGUUUGGAGAAGCCAGGGGAAUUCACGAAUGUGGUUGACAUCCAGUUUGUAGCUGCUAUGAUUCACCCUGGGGGAGGUCGGAACGACAUCCCACAGCGCCUGAAACGCCACUUCACCAUCUUCAACUGCACUCUGCCUUCUACUUCCUCUAUUGAUAAGAUAUUUCAGACAAUAGCUGAAGGCUAUUUCUGUGAACAAAGGCACUUCCCCGCAGAAGUAUGUAAACUGGCUUCAGCAUUAGUAUCUACAAGCCGAAAGGUUUGGCAAAUGACAAAAGCAAAGAUGUUACCAACUCCAGCUAAAUUUCAUUACAUCUUCAAUUUACGAGACCUCAGUCGUAUUUGGCAAGGAAUGCUUACAGUUACUUCUGAUGUCUGCCAGAGCAUCAGUGUUUUGGUAGCCUUAUUCCAACAUGAGUGCAGACGUGUUAUUGCAGACAGGUUCAUCAGCCAAAGCGAUAGAGACUGGUUUGAAGAUAUGAUGAGGAAGAUUGUUUCUGAGGAGCAUGGUCAAAAUGUUUUUGGAGAUAAAUACACAGGAUUAUACUUCGUGGAUUUCUUGCGUGAUGUCCCGGAGACUGCUGGAGAUGAGCCUGAUGAUGCAGAGUUGAAGGCUCCUAAAAUUUAUGAGCCUAUCCCAUCUUUGGAUUACUUGUCUGAAAGAUUACAGAUGUUCAUGCAACAAUACAAUGAAACUGUCAGAGGAGCAAAGAUGGAUUUAGUAUUUUUCAAGGAUGCAAUCAUCCAUUUGAUUAAAAUAUCACGGAUUAUUCGUACUCCACAAGGAAAUGCAUUGUUGGUGGGUGUGGGUGGAUCUGGAAAACAGAGUCUGACCAGACUAGCAUCAUACAUUGCUGGAUAUGAGAGCUUUCAGAUAACUUUAACAAGAACAUAUGCCACCAACAACCUCCUGGAUGACCUGAAAACGCUGUACCGCACUGCUGGGCAAAAAGGAAAGGGUGUUGUCUUUAUAUUCACGGACAAUGAAGUCAGAGAUGAAUCUUUUCUUGAGUACAUGAACAGUGUUUUGGCUUCAGGUGAAGUCUCAAAUCUUUUUGCACGAGACGAAAUAGGUGAAAUCACACAAGACCUGAUUCCAGCAAUGAAGAAGGAGUACCCAAGGCUUAGUCCCACUGCUGAAAAUCUUUAUAAUUACUUUCUUGCUCGAGUUCGGAAUAACCUGCAUGUGGUUCUUUGUUUUUCUCCCGUUGGGGAAAAAUUCAGAACUCGUGCACUCAAAUUUCCAGGUCUAAUUUCAGGCUGCACCAUGGACUGGUUCCAGCAUUGGCCUAAAGAUGCUCUUGUAGCAGUUGCACAGCAUUUUUUAGCUUCUUAUCAUAUUGAGUGUACAGAAGAAGUGAAACAGAGUGUUGUUAACACCAUGGGAACAAUUCAAGAUAUUGUAGCUGAAAAAUGUGUUGAAUACUUUGAACAAUAUAGAAGGCGAACUUUUGUGACACCAAAAUCUUACCUGUCCUUCAUUGGAGGCUACAAAGCUAUUUACAAAGAGAAGUUUGCCAGUCUUGGAAGUUUGUCUGAACGCAUGAGAACAGGUCUUGAAAAACUGAUGGAAGCUGAGGUUUCUGUAAAUCAGCUCUCCCAAGAGUUGGUUCUGAAGGAGAAAGAUUUGGCUAUAGCUUCAAAAAAAGCUGAUGAAGUUUUAUUGGAAGUAACUAUGAAAGCCCACGCUGCAGAAAAAGUUAAAAUGCAGGUGCAAACAGUAAAAGACAAGGCUCAGGCUAUUGUGGAUGACAUUGCCAUUGAUAAAGCAGCAGCAGAAGAGAAGCUUGAAGCUGCAAGACCUGCACUGGAAGAAGCCAAGACCGCCCUGCAGACAAUAAAACCUUCUGACAUUGCAACUGUUCGCAAGCUGGGUAAACCUCCUCACCUGAUCAUGCGGAUCAUGGACUGCGUGCUGCUUUUAUUCCAAAGGAAAGUAGACUCAGUGACACUGGAUCAUGAACACCCAGGUGUGAAGCCAUCAUGGACUGAGGCUCAGAAACUAAUGAAUAAUUCAGGAUUUCUUAGCAUGUUGCUUACUUUUCAGAAGGACUCAAUUACAGAAGAAACUGUGGAGCUUUUAGAGCCUUAUUUGGGUAUGGAGGAUUAUAAUCUUGAGACUGCUAAAAAAGUGUGUGGAAAUGUAGCAGGUCUUUGCUCAUGGACACAAGCAAUGGCUUACUUCUACGGUAUUAAUAAAGAAGUUCUUCCUCUUAAGGCAAAUUUAGCUUUGCAAGAAGGAAGACUUGCAGCUGCCCAGAUGGAACUGAACAGUGCACAAAAUCAGCUGGAUGAGAAGCAAAAGGAGCUGGAUGAAGUGCAAGCCAUGUAUGAUGCUGCUGUGAAAGAGAAGCAGGCCUUGCUCGAUGAUGCUGAGACAUGCAGAAGGAAGAUGAGCAAUGCCACAGCUCUGAUUGAAGGAUUGGGAGGAGAAAAGCUUCGUUGGACAGCAAGCAGCAAAAACUUUCAAAAUCAAAUUAUUAAUUUGGUGGGGAAUGUUCUUCUGGCCACUGGAUUUCUCUCUUACUCUGGACCUUUCAAUCAGGAGUACAGGAAUUUGCUACUCCAACUGUGGAAGAAAGAGAUGGACCAUAGCAAGAUUCCAUACAGUAAAAACUUGAACCUUACUGCUAUGCUUGUUGACAAUGCUACAGUGGAUGAAUGGAACCUCCAGGGUCUUCCAAAUGAUGAUCUUUCAAUUCAAAAUGGCAUUAUAGUCACAAAGGCAUCUAGAUAUCCUUUGCUGAUUGAUCCACAAGGUCAAGGAAAGAUCUGGAUCAAAAAUAAGGAAAAGAAUAAUGGACUUCAGGUUACAGCUAUGAACCACAAGUUCUUCAGAAGUCAUGUAGAAGACUGCUUGGCCCUUGGCCGACCUCUGUUAAUUGAAGACAUUGGAGAGGAACUUGACCCUGCUCUAGAUAACAUCUUGGAAAAAAAUUUCAUAAAAUUUGGUUCAGCACACAAAGUGAAAGUAGGUGACAAGGAGGUAGAUGUGACAAAGGGGUUUACCCUGUAUAUGACAACAAAGGUGGCUAAUCCUGUUUAUACUCCAGAAAUCAGUGCAAGAACAACUGUGAUUGACUUUACUGUUACUAUGAAAGGGCUGGAAGAUCAGCUCCUUGGCCGUGUCAUCCUCACAGAAAAGCAGGAACUGGAAGCAGAAAGAAUCAAACUGAUGGAACAAGUGACAUCCAACAAGAGGAAAAUGCAGGAGCUUGAAGAUAAUCUGCUCUGCCGUCUAACCAGUACAGAAGGCUCAUUGGUUGAAGAUGAGUCUCUGAUAGAAGUCUUGAGGAUCACUAGAACAACAGCAGAAGAGGUCAGUGAAAAAUUAAACACAGCAAUGGAGACAGAGGUGAAAAUCAAUACUGCGCGUGAAGAGUAUCGGCCCGUGGCAGGUCGUGGUAGUGUCCUUUAUUCCCUGAUUGUGGAAAUGAGCUUGGUUAAUGCCAUGUACCAAACAUCUUUAGGGCAGUUCCUUGGCAUUUUUGACCGAUCAGUGGAAAGAUCUCAGAAAUCUCAAAUUCCAGCAAAAAGGGUAAUUUAUAUAAUCGAGCAUCUCACCUACGAAGUCUUCAACUACACAGUUCGGGGGCUGUAUGAAAAUCACAGGUUCCUGUUCACAUUGCUUCUGGCACUGAAGAUUGACUUGCAGGCCAAGAAAAUUUCACACACUGAGUUUGAGACACUGAUCAAAGGAGGUGCCAGCUUGGAUAUGAAUUCUGUGGAACCAAAACCAAAAAAGUGGAUCCUUGACACAACAUGGCUCAAUCUUGUGCAGUUAUCUAGUUUGUACCCUUUCAAUCAACUUCUGGUGCAAAUUGCUAAGAAUGAGAAGUCUUGGAAAGCCUGGUUUGAUGAAGAAGCUCCUGAAAAAUCUGUUAUUCCUGAUGGUUAUGACAGCAUACUGGAUCAAUUCCAUAAGCUGCUCCUUGUCCGUAGCUGGUGCCCUGAUCACACUGUUGCCCAAAACAUUCCUUGUCGUGCCAUUUCAAUGGGUCAGGGCCAGGAAGCCCAUGCAAGGCACCUGCUAAAUCAGUGCAUGCAAGAUGGAGGAUGGCUCCUUCUACAGAACUGCCACCUUGGCUUGGAAUUUCUUAAUGAAUUAAUGGACACCAUCACCACAAAAGAGUCUAUGAGUGAAGAUUUCAGAACAUGGAUCACUACAGAGGCUCACCCAGAGUUUCCUAUUAAUCUUUUACAGUCCUCUAUAAAAUUUACCAAUGAACCUCCUCAAGGUGUGAAAGCUGGCUUAAAACGAACAUACUCGGCCCUUACUCAGGAUCUGCUGGGAAUGAGCAGAAUGCCUCAGUGGAAACCACUGCUAUAUGCUGUAGCCUUUCUUCACACAACUGUUCAGGAAAGAAGGAAGUUUGGCCCGUUGGGCUGGAAUAUUCCCUACGAGUUUAAUCAGGCAGACUUUGCAGCCAGUGUGCAGUUUGUCCAGAACCAUUUGAAUGAUGUGGGUGUCAAACAGGGGGUGAACUGGAGCUGUGUUCAGUACAUGCUUGGAGAAGUGCAGUAUGGUGGCCGUGUAACUGAUGACCUGGACAAGGUGCUGCUGAACACGUAUGCGAGAGUCUGGUUUGGAGAGCACAUCUUCAGUGAGGAGUUUUGUUUCUACAAAGAUUAUGUUAUUCCAAAAGGGAGUACAGUGGAAGACUACCUCCAGUACAUAGAGCAGUUGCCAGUGAUUGAUACACCAGAGGUAUUUGGACUUCACCCUAAUGCAGAUAUAACUUACCAGACCAACCUGGCUAAUGAGACAUUUAGUACCAUAGUGAGCAUCCAGCCCAAAGACAGCAGUUCUAGAGGAGGAGAAACACGGGAAGCAGUGGUGCAGCGUCUUGCUGAUGAGAUGCUUGAGAAAUUACCUCCAGAUUAUAAUCCUCAUGAGGUGAAAGCCCAACUUCAAAAGAUGGGAGCUUUUCAGCCCAUGAACAUAUUUCUCCGUCAAGAAAUUGACCGGAUGCAACUUGUUAUAUCCAGAGUUCGAGCUACACUGACUGAUCUCAAACUGGCUAUUGAUGGAACCAUAAUUAUGUCAGAAGAAUUGCAAGAUGCUUUAGAUAAUAUUUACGAUGCUAGAAUUCCAAAACUGUGGUUUAGGAUUUCCUGGGAGUCAACUACUUUAGGAUUUUGGUUUACUGAUCUUCUUGAGCGAAACCAGCAGUUCAGCAGCUGGCUGCAGGAUGGCCGUCCCAACCAGUUCUGGAUGACAGGAUUCUUUAAUCCACAGGGUUUCCUGACAGCCAUGAGGCAAGAGACAACCCGCAUGAAUUUAGCCAAAGGGUGGGAGCUGGACAGUGUUGUUUUGUACAGUGAAGUGACCAAGAUGAUGAAGGAAGAUGUUGUUGGCCCUCCUCCUGCUGACAUUGGUGGGGUUUACGUACACGGCCUAUUCCUCGAAGGGGCAGGCUGGGACCGCAGGAACAGCCGGCUGAUGGAGUCUGCUCCAAAGGUGCUGUUCACGAGCCUUCCUGUAGUCCACGUGUACGCCGUCAGCGCGGCAGCGCCGAGCGACCCGAGGCAGCAGCACGGCAGCGUGUACUCCUGCCCCGUCUACAAAAGGCCUCGGAGAACAGACCUGACCUACAUCUUCUCUCUGCACCUGAAAACAGUGCAGAAUCCUGAUCACUGGACUUUGAGGGGGGUUGCACUGCUCUGCAGUUCGAAGUAAGGACAGACAGCUGAGAAAGAAAGAACCACCAAGGAGGAUUCAGCUGCCGCCAGCAUUGCGUUGUUGUUGUCAAAGGGAGGUGGGAAUUGGCAGGUGAUACAUAGAGGUUAUGUUAGUUGCACAUAGAUCAGCUUACUCUGUUCACAGCAAAAAUACUGAAUUUAUUUAUCCUGGGAAUAUCAGAGGGAAAACAGCUGUAGGUGUAAAUUUGGCAAACUUAUAAAGCAGGUGAGAAUAUAAUCAACUAACUUACUCAUAAUGGAAGCACUACAUAAAGAAGUGUUUAUGAUAGUGACAACUGCUCUGACCUCUUAUGAUGGUUCUUUUGUAGAUGUUAUCAUUCUUCCUAAUACAAGAAUUUUUCAUACUAUAAUUAUUUUUAAAUUCAACUCUGUAGUUAAAAUCUUAUAAUCCGUAGCAUUAUUAAAGCUGUAAUGACAAGGUAAUUAAAUGCAUGGUAAAGUUUUAUGUUUAUCUGUAUAUAUUUCAAUGCACAGUUCCUUUGAUUUUGCAUUUUUAAACUUGCUGGGUGGUUUUACUAAUGGCUGUGACCAUUUUGUUGAACAGCCACUUUUUAAUGUAAACAGUCAUAGAAACAGAAGUGUUUAUCUUUGCACUAGAAGUACCUUUUGCACCUAUUAACUAGUCUCUAAACCUGUAUCCACUUAUAAGGAAGUAUGGACACCCCCCAUUAUUAG